AUGAUUAGAUCAACCAUUAUUUUAUGUUCUCUCAUUAUUUUCGGAAUAGUCAGUAGCAUUCAGGCAGCCCCAUUGCUACACAAAAGGUUUGCCGGCCAGGGCACAUUUUAUGAAGUCGGUCUUGGCGCUUGUGGAAAAGUCAAUAACGACAAUGAACUUGUUGCUGCAUUGAGCGCCCCUCAAUUUGGCAGUCCCCCAAAUCCCAAUAAUUCCCCCUUCUGUGGUCGUCAAGUAAGAGUUAAUGGGCCUAGUGGCUCUGUCACUGUUACCCUCGUCGAUAGAUGUGAAGCAUGCCAGUUCGGCGAUCUCGACUUGAGUCCUACUGCGUUCCAACAAAUAGCUCCCUUGUCUGCUGGCCGCGUUCAAAUUACCUGGGAUUUCUGUUUGAACAGAUCCAAGGAUAGGAAAAUCUCUGGUGGGAACAAACCGCUUGCCAAUACGGAAGAUCGUAUAAAUAUAAAGGGAAGGGGUGCUCUUAGACCCUAG